AUGUGCGACGGGGGAUUGGUACAACGGAGCUACGCCUUCGCUGCGGUGCCACUCCAAGGGAUGGCCGAGCGUGCGGGUUGUGCGACGGCCCGCUGGCAAGGCGAGGCGGGACAGCGUCAACGGGGUCGAAAGAAGGCAUCCGCACAACCCAUCAUCACCGACUUGUUCGGUUUGACAAGUGGUGACGAAUAUUCGUCCGCCGUUGGCUUCGGCGGGCGGGGGCGCGGGUGGAAAAAGAAAGAAGAAAAAGCCAUUGCAGGAUCGGGGCCGGCCCCUUCCAGGUUAACUGGCCUGGCGCCGAUUCGGUCUGAGACCUUCCAUCGGGCGCCGUUCUCACUCUCCCCGGGAAGACUCCCUGUUGGCCGCCGCGGGAUGCUGGGAUCAGAUUGCCGGAGCAGGUUGGGGGGUCCCUCAUAA